AUGCGUAAAGCAGCCGCGCACCAGCCAGAUAUCAACUUUAUUGCUAUAUCCCACAGCAACGAACAGUCCACAGAGAAGUGGCUUGAAGCUGUUGGAGGUUCAAGCGAGACAGGCUCAUCGGCAUCGGUUUCUGUUGUUGUUGACGCCGACCGUGAAGUCUAUGCAAAGUGGGGGUUAGGGACUGUGUCCUGGGGUCAUGUUCUCAACCCGGUGGGUAUUCUGGCCAUUUUGAAAAUGGGAAAAGAAACAGGAAUAUGGAACAGACCAACGGAAAGUGGUAGCAGAUGGCAGGGUGGUGGCUAUUGGGCAGUUGAUGCCGAAGGUUGCGUGCAGUGGGGCGGCCCUGCAACUACAGCAGUUGAGGUGAUAGAUAUUGAGGGAGCCCUGGAGUCAUUGCAAGUCUCCCAUUAG